CAUUAUUGGAUCACCAAGAUCUAUGAAGUAGAUACUACUUUAUAGAUCUUGUUAGAUCACGGCCUUAUAAUCAUGAACUAUGAUUAAUAUGACGGAACACUGACGGGCGGGAGCAGGGAGAGGACGUAUAGACGCAUAGAAUAAUAUAGAGAUGGCGUUUUGUAUAUAAAUUAUAAACAGUAGAAUCAAGUUGAAACCAUCGAGGAGGCAGUUUACAAUAAUCUUAUCGUGUAGAUCGCGCUGCAAAUCAUUACAAUUUUUGUAAAAUAUGUAAAUUGAUAAUAUGAUAUUCUAAAAUGCCUAGUAGUUUUGUUUGUGGCAGAACAAGAAAUAAAAAUUCCACAAUUGAAGAUAUUACUUUUCAUAAGUUUCCUGUUAAUGAAAAAGUUAGAGACAAAUGGAAGAAUUUUGUUUUGGAAAAUAAAUUAAAUAUACAUAGUAUAAAUAAAUAUUCUGUUGUUUGUUCAAAACAUUUUCUUGAGACAUGUUUUGUGAUGCGGAAUAAUAAAAGAUUCUUAGUGGGAAAUGCAGUACCAUCAAAAAUAAUUUUAAGGGUCAAAAGUGCUAGAAAUUUGUAUUCCGAAGAAGUCAAACUACUAAAUCAGCCAAUUGUGUGUUCUGAUAAUGAACCAAAAAGUAGUUUUAAAGUAACACAGACCCUGAUAAAGGUACCUGAUUAUGUUAUUUGUAAUGGAGAAUCAGUAUCAGAUUUCAACAAAUCUACCUUCUCAAAUACAAACACCUCUGUUAGCGCCAAGGAACAUGAAGAUCAAGUAGUUGGUUUUACUAUUUAAUUAACAUUGUUUAAUAAUA